UACAAUAGCGGCCAUGUUUUUUUUGUUUAUGGCAAAUGACAAAUGUUUUGCACAGCUGAUUGUAUAAAUUUUAAUGAAAUAAUGAAUAUUUUUGUUACCUAAUUUCCAACUAUAUCAAUCGACAAUUAAAAAUGUUGCCCCACUUUCACGUAUUGUGGACGUUGUCGAUGAUAAUCUUUCAUUGCCGUUGUAGUGAUAUAACAAAUGUAGCCUUCGGGACGACGACGGACGGAAUGCCAGCAGCUUUCGGCGAUUUUGAUUCGGACGAAUUGACCGACGUCUUUGUUCUGCGAAACUACGGAAAGACUGUGGAAAUACUGCUCGGUCACGAUGAAGAACCUCUGCUACGCAGAGCGAAACCCCCGUUACAGUGCAAUUUCACAAAUCUUAUAACGAGCGUCGUGCCGGGCGAUUUUGACGGCGACGCGUUGAUGGAUUUUGCAGUGACCACCAUCGAAAAGAGACCAACCAACGAUAACAGUCACAAAACAUCUUACACCUCCCUGUAUAUUAUUUGGGGAGGUGGUACGUAUUUAAAUUGUAGCAAAAACGACGAGCCAAUUUUACAUCUGAUCGGUCAACCGCUGGCUUUAGAUUAUAAUCAAAAUAUGAUUAUCGAUUUGUUUGGUGUGGAUGUUGACGGUAACCGUACAUUUUGGGUGUUCGAUAGUCAUCGAGGUGCUCCGAAGAAAAUAAGUAUGACGGGGGGACCGACAACGGAAUUAAUGAAGCCUCAUGCUCAUGCUUUCUUAGAUAUAAAUGACGAUUAUAUGGCGGAUAUUUUCAUUACAACUAAAAAAGACUUUGAGAUAUGGUACGGGAGCGAAUCACAGAGAUUCGUUUAUUCCCAUACGAUUCCGCAUCCGCCGCGAGCGAAGAAAAUCGGUCAAUCCGUUUUCCUCGACGUCGAGUUAUUAGGUCGCAUGGAUCUGGUAACCCCGGUCUGCUAUGAUGACAACUGUCGCGACAGCGCUCUGUUGGUGUAUCAUAACGGAACGUGGCACAAUCUGGAGGUGAAUUUUAAGGAGACGAAUGAUAACGUUUGGGGCUUCUCGUUGCGCGAAGGGAGGAAGUAUACGAAUGUGAUCACGCUACAUUGCGGCGAUUUCAACAUGGACGGAUAUCCCGAUAUCUUAGCCACACUCGAACUGAGCCAAACUUCGGAUACCCAGUCUUUCUUGCUUGAAAAUAUUGCUUGCGAAAGCGGCUGUGACGGCUUUUCGCGCACCUACCAAGUUCAAUGGAACGCCUUGCAACCAUUCAAAAACGGUACCGUAAUGGCGGUGUUCUUUGACUUUUACCAAGACGGUAUUUUGGAUGUGAUAUUAGUCGAAAAUAACAUAACCGAGUAUAAAACAGUCGCAUUUAAAAAUAGCUUAGAUUAUGACGCUAAUUUUAUUAAAUUAAUGGUAUUAACGGGACUUAGUAAUAAUAAUAAUCACAUGAUCGACGGGCGAGUUGGUAAGAAACGAAGAACGUAUGGCACAAACUUGCCGGGGCCGAGCAUUUCGUAUCGGACGACAACCCAAGAGGGAAACAGCCGCCACGCCAUUUCGGCGCAGUUACCGCAAUCGGCCCAUUUCAGUCUUAAUUUACCUUAUACCAUUUUCGGACUGGGUCGAACACCCAAUUUUGUUGAUACGCUAACCGUAGGGCUGUCGAACUACUCUAAAGACUGGACGCAGAUUAUUCCCAACUGUCAGAUGGUUGUAAUACCGAUGCCGACGUCGCAGCCUAGCAAAUGGAAGGCGCAGUUGUUCGUCACGCCUAGUAAAGUUAUUUUGACAUCCGUCGCGGCGCUAACCGGCGUCUGCGGUUUGAUAACGAUUAUUAUUGGAGUUUUGCAUUGGAAGGAACGGCAGGAGGAUAAACGGGAGAGGUUGCAAGAGUCCCAUCGAUUCCAUUUUGAUGCAAUGUAAAGUUGUCGUCACAUAUGAUAGUAGUUGUUGCUUUGUUUUGUAUCUUUUUUUUAUUGUUGUGAAAAAUAAAACUAUUAAACAUUU